GAAGGGCCAAAAAGGAAGAAUGAAAGUCAUGCAUUUGUUUAAUCGGUUUUUGUUUAUUGCCUAGUUUGGGGAGGGGGCGGCUGGUUCGCAGUCUUCCUCAGAUUUAUUGAUCCCGGCCACCGUUCCUCGAUUACUUGCCGAUCAACCUCCGGAGCCCUCCCACUGUUCCGGCCAUGUCCAGGUCUCGAGUUUACGCCGACGUUAAUGUUCACCGCCCCAGAGAUUACUGGGAUUACGAAUCUCUUGCCGUGCAAUGGGGUGGUCAAGAUGAUUAUGAGGUUGUCCGGAAAGUUGGAAGAGGAAAGUAUAGUGAGGUAUUUGAAGGUAUAAAUAUCACCAACAAUGAAAAAUGCAUCAUCAAGAUUCUUAAACCUGUCAAGAAGAAGAAGAUAAAGAGGGAGAUUAAAAUAUUGCAGAAUCUUUGCGGGGGUCCAAAUAUUGUGAAAUUGCUGGACAUUGUCAGAGAUCAGCACUCAAAAACUCCUAGCUUAAUCUUUGAAUAUGUGAACAGUACAGAUUUCAAAAUUUUGUACCCUACACUGACUGAUUAUGACAUACGCUACUAUAUAUAUGAGCUUUUGAAGGCGUUGGAUUACUGCCAUUCACAGGGCAUAAUGCAUAGAGAUGUAAAGCCUCACAAUGUUAUGAUUGACCAUGAGCUACGGAAACUUCGUCUGAUUGAUUGGGGUCUUGCCGAAUUUUACCAUCCUGGAAAAGAGUACAAUGUCCGAGUGGCAUCUAGGUAUUUCAAAGGGCCAGAACUUCUUGUAGAUUUACAAGACUAUGACUAUUCUUUGGAUAUGUGGAGCCUGGGUUGUAUGUUUGCCGGAAUGAUUUUCCGCAAAGAACCAUUCUUUUAUGGUCAUGACAAUCAUGACCAGCUUGUCAAAAUUGCUAAGGUUUUGGGGACAGAUGAAUUGAAUGCGUAUCUGAACAAAUAUCAACUUGUUCUUGAUCCACAACUUGAAGCACUUGUUGGGAGGCAUAGUCGUAAACCAUGGUCAAGGUUUAUCAAUGCUGAUAAUCAACAUCUUGUAUCCCCUGAGGCCAUUGAUUUUCUGGAUAAGCUUCUUCGAUACGACCAUCAAGAUAGGCUCACUGCAAGAGAAGCAAUGGCUCACCCGUACUUCUUCCAGGUGAGAACUGCUGAGAACAGCAGGCUGCGAACUCAAUAACCCCCCUUUGUAAAAGUAAAAAAUUUAACAGCAGUUGCUCAUUGUGGCGUUAGUUUUUGUAAGCCUAGGUUCUCUUUUCCCACCCACCUAGGUGGUUAGCUCAUACAGUUGUUUGCCACUUCAUUGUUCUGUAAUAUUGUCAUUCGCCUACUACUCCACUGUAUAUUUUCCCUCGUUUUUAUGAGAUUUUAGUUUUACUAUGGAAAUUACAACUUUGGUUGCUA